UCAGAUUCUAAAACACUUUGGUUGGACUUGGGCAGGUCUGAUCAUCAGUGAUGAUGAUUAUGGUUUCAAUGCUGCCCGAUCCUUUCACGCUGAUCUGGGUCCAGCUGGUGGAGUUUGUCUGGCUUACACUGAGAGUUUGCCCUGGGGUUAUGACCCUGCUGAAGUGACAAGGGUAGUGGAGGUUGUGAAGAAAUCUACAGCUCGAGUGGUGAUUGUGUUUGCACAUGAGAGUAUCAUGUUUAACCUCAUGAAAGAGGUAGUGAGGCACAAUGUGACAGGCUUGCUGUGGAUGGCCAGUGAAGCCUGGACAUCAGGCACUUCACUCCAAACUCCUCACUUCAUGCAGUACCUGGGGGGAACACUGGGCAUUGCCAUCCGUCGAGGAGAAAUACCAGGACUCAGUGACUUCCUGUUAAAAGUGCGUCCUGAACUAAACUACAUCACCACAAAUGGAAAUAGCAUGGUGAAUCAGUUUUGGGAACACACAUUUCAGUGUAGAUUUGCACCACCUCCAGCAGGUUGGGUGGAAGCUGAAGGAGAAUUAUGUACUGGACAGGAAGUUAAAGAGAAUGUGGAGAAUGAGUUCUUGGAUGUUUCAGACCUCAGGCAAGAGUAUAAUGUGUAUAAAGCUGUGUACGCUCUGGCGUAUGCUCUUGAUGACAUGCUGCAGUGUGAGCCAGGGAGAGGACCUUUCAGCAACAACACCUGUGCUCAUUUACAAAGACUGGAGCCAUGGCAGGUGAGAUAUCAGUUUACACUCAAAUCUUCUUUUCGCCUAAUUAAUGACAUUGCUGCAGUCACAGGCCUGACCACUACUGCAGAGAAUAAGAGCUGGGGUAGUCAGCUGGGGUGA